AUGAGCUACUUGCGUGCGCCGUUGAGGACGUCCUGGAGACUGGCGGAAAGCAGACCAUUCAUCUCACCACGAGGAGGAGCUUCGUGGAGUCGAGCCCGUCGCAUCUCCACUGAUUCUUUCAAAACCGCAACCAAGCAUGCGAGCAAUAAUCGAUUACUUUAUGCCCUGGUGCUCUCGACAUCAGUCUCGCUGGGCACGUUUCUAUACAGCGGACGUCAGGACUCAGUCCGAAUGAACUGGGGCCCCGCGGCGAAAGCAGGAGGAGACUCUGUUACCACGCAACAAACGAUCCCCUUUAUCCCUGCGCGGCCGGGCCCAACGACGGACCCCAAUGGCGAUAUCUACGAGACUCUGGAUGAUGAGUGUUUGGACGUAGCAAAACUCCCUAGAGAGAGGGCGAUCAUGACGAGCGCGCCCCUCGUCCCUCCACCGAUCACUCGAGAUUAUCCCGUGCUCCUCGAGGUACCGCUGACGACUACGACCAAGGAGAUGCAGCUCACGGGCCAGUACAAGUAUGAACAGUGGACGUUCAACGAUAUCGUCCCCGGGCCCUUCAUCCGUGCGCGAGUCGGCGACGUGGUUGAACUGGCCCUGACGAACGAGGACCACACGGGCAACCCACACAACAUCGACUGCCACGCCUUCACUGGACCCGGCGGAGGUGCAGCAGUGACGACGGCGGAAGAGGACCAGACCAAGACGGGGAGAUUCAAGCUGCUUUGCCCCGGUCUAUACUUGUACCACUGCGCCGCGGGGCCGGUGCCAGUUCACAUUGCUAACGGCAUGUAUGGUCUAAUCUACGUGCAGCCGGCGGAGGGGGACUUGCCGCCCGUGGACCGGGAGUACUACGUGAUGCAGAGUGAGUUCUACCACGAGCCGCCCGAGGUGCUCGAGGACGGCCGCCGGUCCACGACAGUAGAGUUCUCAUACCCGAACGGCCUUCGUGAGGAGCCCAACCUCGUUGUCUUUAACGGUAGCGAGUCUGCUAUGACGCGGGACCGACCUCUUAAGGCUAACGUCGGUGAGACCGUCCGAGUCUUCUUUGGCAAUGCGGGGCCGAACCUGACGAGCGCUUUUCAUGUCAUCGGUAGUAACUUCAAGAACGUCUACCGCGAUGGCGAUGUGCUGAGCCCCCCUGGACGCUUUAUACAGACUGUCGGCGUUCCCCCAGGGGCGGCGACGAUCGUUGAUAUGAAGAUGGUCGUGCCUGGCACGUAUGCCUUUGUGGAUCAUGCCAUAUUUCGGAUGGACAAAGGGGCUGUUGGCUUCCUGAAUGUGUCUGGCAAGGCCAAGGCCGAUAUUUUCGAGAGCUCUGAACAUCCUAACCCGUGUGUUGGAUGUAAAUUACACCCCUGA